UUUGAGCCCGUCUUGCGACUGCAGCGCUCGCAUCGCAGUAAACAGCUGCGGACAACGACGGCAACUUGCCAUUAAGUCGCCAAGUGGGAAGAUUGUUUGCCGGUCGUUUGGCCGUCGUUUCUAGUUUUCGAAUUUAAUCGUUAAACAUCCGCCGUCAAAAUGACGAUCAGUAAAAAUAAUAAGAUGCUCCAGCAUAUCAACUACAGGGUACGGAUUAUCCUGCAGGAUUCACGGACUCUCAUUGGUACUUUUAAAGCCUUUGACAAGCACAUGAACCUCAUAUUAGGAGACUGCGAAGAGUUCAGAAAAAUUAAGCCUAAGAAGAAGCAGCCAGAAAGAGAAGAAAAGCGAGUCUUAGGGUUUGUUCUUCUCAGAGGUGAAAAUAUUGUGUGCAUGACAGUUGAAGGCCCCCCACCACCAGAAGAGGGACUUCCUCGUGUACCUGUGCCUGGUGCAGCUCCUGGACCUGGAAUGGGUCGUGCUGCAGGCAGAGGUGUCCCCCCAGGUGCUGGUGGCAUUCCUGCUGGAUUACAAGGUCCAGUCCGUGGAGUUGGAGGACCCUCUGCCCAAGUCAUGGCUCCAGGAGGUCGCGGUCAAGUGUCAGCCCCACCGCAGAUGAGGCCCCAACAGCCAGGACCUCCGAGAAUGCCUGUGGGCGGGCCGCCACCUGGCAUGAUGGGACCACCCCCUGGCAUGAUGGGCAUGCACCCCGGCAUGAUGGGUCGAGGUGGCCCUCCCAUGGGCGCACCACCAAUGAGAGGCAUGCCUCCAGGUAUGAUGAGAGGAGGACCUCCAAGGCCACCUUAUUGAACUCAAGAGUCUUCUUGAUGAUCUGCAGCCAAAAGCAGAUCAGAAGCAAAGUUACAGGACUUUGGAUUUUUAAUCCAAUCUACACAUUUAGUGGUAUGCAUUGAGUGUACAAACAAGUAUGAUAACGAUAUCCAUGCAACCCAUUACUUCAUGUUGCAAAUGUGAUAAUUGUAUUACUUUCGAAACAUGCAGAAAUGUGUUUCUAUUGUGAAUGAUAAUUUUGUGUUUUGAGUGUGAAUGUCUGUGAGUGAAAGUGCGUGCUGUUCAGUCAAAGAAAAAUCGGUCUCAUUGAUAGUGUUUUUAACAUUACAACAAUUCAAAGUAUAGGAAUAAAGUAAUUUCUUAAUUCUAA